UUCCAUUUGUUCUUUCGAGUCAGUGCCAUCGUCGUCUAUCUGCUCUGUGAGUUGUUCAGCAGCAGCUUUAUUGCCUGUAUGGUGACAAUUAUCUUGUUGUUGUCAUGUGACUUUUGGGCAGUCAAGGGCUCUGUGCUACUGAUCUUUCUGGAAUGUUGCUCUCAUUCCCGAAUCACCUUAACACCCGGAUUCCUAACCUUUUUGUGCCAUGGACCCCCUUUCACAGUCUCAUGAAGUUAAUGUCACAGGUAGACUCAUGGUUGGUCUGCGUUGGUGGAAUCACAUAGACGAAGAUGGAAAAAGCCAUUGGGUGUUUGAGUCCAGGAAGGAUUCUGCUCAAGAGAGUAAAACUGUUUCCGAGGCUGAAUCGAGAAUCUUUUGGUUAGGACUUAUUGCCUGUCCGGUGCUGUGGGUGAUCUUUGCCUUCAGUGCGCUGUUCUCCUUCAGAGUGAAGUGGCUGGCGGUGGUUAUCAUGGGUGUGGUGCUACAAGGUGCCAACCUGUACGGCUACAUCAGGUGCAAAGUGGGCAGCAGGAAGAAUUUAACCAACAUGGCCACAUCGUAUCUCGGAAAGCAGCUGUUAAGACAGAACACUGGAGAUGAUCAGACUUCCUGAAGAGGGGGGAGAAAGCUCGUGUAUUCGGUUACGCGGGGGAAUGGCUGGAGAGAUUCUGGACUCUGAACCUUUUGGAACUGAGUACAUGUCGCAAGGAGGAACGUUGGGUUUGUUUUUCCAGUUUAUUAAUCUCUUGCUUUAAAAAAUUGGAAAAGUCGUUUUCACGUUAAGUUUUUUACUGUCUCUCUAGCGUCUGGGGCUCGAAAGUAUGGUGUGGCCAGAGACACUGUCCAAACUGGUUCCCGGUUUACGUAGGUGAUGUCCAUAUGUCUCAAGUUAAUGAAAGUGUCUUUACGUGCAUAUGAAUGGAGACCUUUGCGUUUUGACCCAUAGAAUAUGGAAGAUGUUCCCCGUCUCUCAGAACUCUAGAUGUGUACAUAUUUGUCUUGUAGAUCGUCGUCAGAAGGAAGUUUUGCUUCCGUGGUGAGAGUGAGCACUUUGGCUUAUUUAGAAGUUAGAAAUAAUUGUUAACUUUACAACUUAAUACAUACUUUGUGAUGAGACUUCUUAGGCACUCACAGGCAGGUAAAAACCAAAUUCGGGCCAGUGGUUAACUAGUUCGUCAAGUUCGUUUCCUUUCAUUUGUAACAAGUCGUGUAGUUAGGGCCCAAUUAAUGUAAAUGGAAUUUUCCUAGUUUAUGUUUAGGGGCUCCCCUAGAGAUUGCUGCUGUUCUAUUUAUUUUUCGGAAGGGUUAGUAAGAUUUCACUUUGCCACUUUCCGUAGGCUCUUUGUUGGUCCUUGGCCUAAUGAAAGCUCUCUUUUAUCGCUAAAAGAGUAUUAUUCUUAUGUCAUAGUGAGAAUAAUCAUUUAAAUACUUGGCAUAAUAAAUGCCCACAAGACAUUUUAUCUUAUGAAUCUAUUUUUUUUUCUUGCUAUAAUGGGGGUAUUGUAAAUCAUGCAUUUGUAUUAAUGGUAUUUCUUAAGGCAAUAUAUGUAACAGUCUCCAAGCUGUUGUAGGAGUCUAUAAAUUCUGUUGCAGGUUCUGUAAACUUUGUUGGAGUCUUUCAACCAACAGAUUAUUUUGUGAAUGUAUUUAUACCUUGUUGAAAUUUUUCAAAAGAUGUUUAAUUGAAUAAGUCUUUGUUGGAGUGAUAGCUUGAAGGUGCAUAACUCUAUAUUUGUAUAAAACUCUACUGUUUACAAAGCA